AUGGCCGGGCCCAGCUCGCACAGCUCCCCCGGAUCCAGAGCAACAUUCGCGGCUGCAGAUGCUUCGAGAGAUCUCGCUGUGAUCAGCUCAAAAGCCCAAAACUUCACGAAUCCGGUCGCAGGUCCAGAGGUUUGGUUCUGCCCAGUGCUGUCAUCAGUGUGCAGGACCUCUGGCGCUGUGAGGAUGAGUAAAGCACACUCUGGCCUCAGCUCUGAGGCCACAGAAAAGGCCCGACUGGAGCUCAACGAGAACCCAGACACACUGCACCACGACAUACAGCAGGUCCGGGACAUGAUCGUGACUCGUCCUGACAUCGGUUUCCUGAGAACAGACGAUGACUUCAUUCUGCGUUUCCUCAGAGCCAGAAAAUUCAACCAAUCAGAAUCCUUCAGACUCCUGAGUCAGUACUUCCUGUUCCGCCAGCAGCACCUGCACAUCUUCCACAGCUUUAAGGUGGACGACCCUGGGAUCAAACGCGCUCUCAUGGAUGGAUUUCCUGGAGUUCUGGAGACUCCGGAUCAACACGGACGAAAGAUCCUCCUGCUGUUCGCCUCCAACUGGGACCAGAACAGACACUCGUUCAUGGACAUCCUCAGGGCCAUCCUUCUGUCUCUCGAGGUCCUGAUCGAGAACCCAGAGCUGCAGGUCAACGGCUUCAUCCUCAUCAUAGACUGGAGCAACUUCUCCUUCAAACAGGCGUCUAAACUUACACCCAACGUCCUGAGGCUGGCCAUAGAGGGCCUGCAGGACAGCUUCCCAGCUCGUUUUGGAGGUAUCCAUUUUGUGAACCAGCCGUGGUACAUCCAGGCCAUGUACACCAUCAUCAAGCCCUUUCUGAAGGACAAGACACGCAAACGGAUUUACCUGCACGGGAACAACCUGACGUCGCUGCAGCAGCUGAUCGGCGUGGAGUGUCUGCCCUCAGAGUUUGGGGGGUCUCUGCCGCCGUACGACGUGGGGCUGUGGGCCAGGACUCUGCUGGGACCGGACUACAGCGACGAGUCCGAAUACACGCUCACAUACGACGCUCUACAUGUAAUCAACAGGUCUCAGUCUGUGGUGGAGCCUGGGACCCUGAAAUCAGCCGACAGAGAAACCAGCACCCCCCUCCUGGCCCUGGACUGA